AUGCCAAUCGUAACCAGUAUGUUGCCCAAACUGCCGAAAGAGAAACCGUCGUUGAACAAAAAUCAGUCUUCGUGCGAAAUUAUUAUGAAAAUCUCCGAGCCAUCAGUCUUCAGUCGCGUGUCGACGGCGCCGAGCCCCAUGGAAAUAUACGAGCGCAAACACAAUUUGUGGAACGAAAUGAACGAACACGAAUCCGGCGAAGGAGUCGACGCCGAACAAAACAUCAACGAAAACCGUGCUUAUAGCAGUAGUUUAGAUAAAGAUUGA